AUGACAGCGACAGCCCCACACCCGAUGGAUUUGUCACACCACUACUCCUACACCACCAAAAACCGUCUUGCGAGUUUCGUCAAAAGCUAUUACAAGUACUACCAGAUUCCAGGCCUGGCCAAUUUUGCUGGAGGUUUGCCACACCAGACAUACUUCCCUUAUGACACUCUGGAAGCAAACAUCGCCCGACCAGACCGCCUGAAGCCCAUUAGCGCCGGCGACUCGAGAUCAGAACGUCUUGUCGUCCCCAAACAGUCCCAGGCCACCGAUGUUCAACGACGGAUCGACUUGACCACGGCUCUGCAGUAUGGCACAGCGGAAGGUUAUCCGGCGCUGCUCUCAUUUCUGCGACAAUUCACCCGCGAUCACCUCCAUCCUAAUGUACCCUACGCAGGGGGUCCGGAAAUCAUUUUGAGCUGCGGUAACACCGAUGGCUUCUCCAAAGCUAUUGAACUUUUGACCAAUAUCUGGAAUCCCGAUCGUGAUUGGAUUCGGCAGCGGGAGGGGGUGCUAUGUGAGCAGUUUGCCUACAUGAAUGCUAUCCAGACCGUCAAACCACGGGGAUUAAAUGUGGUCGGAGUAGCUAUGGAUGAACAGGGUAUGUGUGCUUUUGGUGAGGGUGGUCUCGAAGACGUCUUGGAGAAUUGGGAUUUUCGACGUGGUCGUCGACCCCAUGUUAUGUACACUGUGACCAUGGGUCAGAAUCCUACUGGAGGUGUGCUACAAAUUGAGCGCAAAAAAGAAAUCUACGCCCUUUGCCAGAAAUAUGACGUGAUCAUUGUUGAGGAUGAACCAUAUUGGAACUUACAAUUUCCGUCUGCUUACGAGAUGGAAGCUCAGGCUCGCGGUUCGUCCAUUCCAAGCCCCCGAAACUACAAUGCGGAAGGAAAGUCAUCGGGCUAUCCGUUUUUGGAUGCGUUGGCCCCAUCAUAUCUAUCCAUUGAUACAGAGGGCCGAGUAAUCAGACUCGACACCUUUUCUAAGUCCAUCGCGCCUGGAAGUCGACUUGGCUGGAUCACUGCACAGCCCGCUAUCAUCGAACGUCUGACUCGCAUCACCGAAUGUUCUACUCAACAGCCUAGUGGAUUCGUGCAGUCCAUCGUUGCAGAGAUGCUCAUGGGUAAGCAAGACGGCGAGACAAAAGCUCGGUUUUACAAGCUGCAAGAUUCUCCAGGGUGGCAGAUGGAUGGCUGGGUACACUGGCUAGAAGGCCUGCGAGAAGGCUAUGAGAAGCGUAUGCAAUCCAUGUGUACCAUUCUGGAGGAUAACAAAUUUUUCCUCUCUGGAUCUGCAGAUCAUGCUCAAGACUGGGAGGUAGUCGACAGAGCUCAAAUGUUCGAAUUUAUCUGGCCAAAAGCUGGUAUGUUUACUUGGAUCGAGGUGUACUUCGAGGCACAUCCUCUUGUGUCUCAGUAUAGCCCUCAAAAGCUGUCCAGUGCUUUUUGGAUCCACCUUACGCAAAAGCCAGCCUUAUGCUUAAUUGGCCCAGGCAGUAUGUUUGCUGCCAGCCCUGAAUCAAUUGAGCUGGCUUACAGAUACUUCCGGCUUUCUUUCGCACCAAUGAAUGCCGAUGAUGUUGCAAAUUUCACACAGAGACUUGUUGAUGGAAUCCGGUCCUUCUGGCAGCGCAAGAAUCUUGAUGGUUUAGAGGAUGCUGAUACUUUGGAUAUGCGGAUGCUACAGCUGAGCCCUGAGGCCAACUUCUUGGGUACUGGCUGCUAA